UGCGUCCGCCACAUGUUCCCUUCACAGAAGCUGUCUUUCAUCUUCCUUCGUCAAUAUCAUCCUCGACUCUGUUUUACGUAAAUGACUUUUCGUCUUCUUCCACGAGUUUCAUUUUGACUAUUUUAAUUUUCUCUCGUGCUUGGAGAUUUACGAGUUUUUCGGUCGGUUCAUUGUGUUCGGAUCCAUGACUAGCCGGAAAAACACACAUUGGUGUAAUACUUGUAGACGAGGGAUUCGUCUUCAAGGAGAAGGCAUGAGAGGAAGAGGUGAAAGAGGAGCUUGCAUUCACUGUGGAGACACCUUUCUUGAAAGGCUCUACGAGAAUGUUGAACUAAGCCCGUUCGAUUUUUUCGGAUUGGCCAUUGAAGAAGCUCGUAACCGUCGCGGCAACAACAGAAGAUCGAUUCUUGAAAACCAAUUAAGUUUUCAAGAGUUGUUUAACCGGCUCUCAGCACAAGACCGACGUGGUCCUCAACCAGCUUCACCAACCGCGAUCAACUCAAUGCAAAAGAUCAAAAUCAGUAAGAAGCAUCUCAGUUUAGAUCCGUAUUGUCCGGUUUGCCAAGACCGGUUCGAAACCGGAUCGGUAGCAAGAAAGAUGCCGUGUAAACAUAUCUACCAUUCCGAGUGUAUAGUCCCUUGGCUAGUCCAGCGCAAUUCUUGUCCAGUCUGUCGCAAAGAACUGCCACAAGAUCGGAAUAUUGGCCGGAAAAACCCGUUCUUGUAUCUGUGGCCGUUCAGAUCCUCUGCUUCGGCCUCAAACCACAAUGUAUCAGCUUUUCAUUGACUUGAUUUUGUCUCAGUCCAUAAUUUUUUUUUUGUUUUUUUGACAUCUCUCAGUCCAUGUAAAUGCAACAUGUAAUGUAUCUCUGUUCCUUUACUAUUGUUGUAUGUACAAAGGGUUUUGUAGCUCUCUACGAUUUGUACGUUGUAUCAAAACUUGAAAGCAUAAUGUUGCUGCUAGUGUGUCACUAGUGAAUAUAAAUUACACAAAUUUUACCGGCCA